AUGGGAUAUUAUGCAAUAACCGUGUUGGUGCUUUACAGACAUGAUAUUCAUACGCUCUCAAAAGACCUUGGAUCAUCGGUAACUAGUUUCAAUAUCACAGGCCUUAAACUAGAAGAGAAUACGAAUUAUUAUACAGUUGUGCAAGCCUACAAUCUUGCUGGACUCCACACCACUGAAGUAUCUGAUGGUUUCAUGUUGGAUCUUCAGUCACCAACAACUGGGAUUGUACAUGAUGGUUUUGUUAUGACAGAUAUACAUGCUACAAGUUCAAUGCAGUCAGUUCGUUCAUUUUGGCAUGGAUUCUCAGACUUGGAAUCCGGAAUAAAGAACUACGAAUACUGUGUUUCACUAAAUGAUGGCAUGUGUGAUGUGGACGCUUUGCACGAUGUAGGGAUUGCUACCCGGAAGGAAUACACUGCAGCGAAACCUUUUGGACAAGGUAGCAUCGUGAGAGCUGGAGUAAGAGCAAGUGACGGUUCAGGACAUGUGUCAGAAAUCGUUUUUUCAAACGGGAUUGUUGUUGACGUCACACCACCUGCAAGGGUCAAAUUUGAUCUUUGUGAAGAUAAUAUCAUUGCAGACUUUUCAUUUGAACACUUUCCGGAAACCAAUGAAACGUACUGCCAUAACAUUAGUAACAAUGACUGGCUUAUUUCCGAGAGAACCUGCAUCCGGACAUUAAAUUCAAACAUGGCAGAGCAAGGUAGAACAAAUAUCUUGUUACAGGGAUCGGUUUCUCAAUCACUCUCUGUUGAAAACUACGGAAGAUACCGGUUAACAUUUUACACGUCAACCAUUCCAUCCGAAGGACAGGUUUUAUCCGCCCACGAAGGCUACAUUGAUGUCGGCAACGAAAGAUACAUCUUUUUACUGUACGUCAGGUCUAACACAGGUUCGUAUGAAUGGCAGAAACAUACUUUCUUCUUCCUCUUGCAAGCAAAUGACACUAACUUGAGCAUCGGAACUGUGAAAAGAAGUACAGCCUUCGCAGUUGACAAUGUCGUGUUUCAGCUUUAUAAACACUCGGUGACAGAACCUGCAGAAUCCUUCUCACAUAUAAAUGCGCACACGGUAUUUGUUCACGACUGGUCCUCAAUUUAUGCAGAAUGGAUAUUUAUAGAUGAGGAAACGGAAAUUGUCGAAUAUCUAUGGGCUAUAGGUACAGUUCAAGGUGGCACUCAAUUACAAGCCUUUACAAGUGUUGGUAGGCGGACAUUUGCUAAUGCAUACUCUUUACAUUUCGAGCAUAAUUCAAAUGUACAUGUCACUGUUGUGGCAAUCAAUGCAGCAGUAUUACGGACGAAAAGCUAUUCAUCCCCAGUGAUAAUAGAUCUUACACCACCAACAUUCAGAUAUGUACAUGAUGGCCCAGAUAAAGAUAUGGACAUUGACUAUCAAAAGGACAUGGAAGUUGUAACUCACUGGGAUGUAUUUGAUUUAGAAUCAGAUAUUGAAGAAUGUCAUUGGGCAAUAGGAACAUCCAAAGGGGAUACGUCCAUACAGACAUUUCUAAACGUUGACAUAAACUCCCGAAAUGCUUAUAAGAAACUCAGCACAGUUCCAGAUGUUAGCAUUUUUUCCACCAUCCGAUGCAAGAACAAAGCAGGCCUGACAAGUAUUGAAUAUUCUGACGGUGUUAAAAUACUAAAAGAUGCGCCUUCAGUUAAUGAAGUGAUACUUGAAUUAAUGACAACUUCAGCUACUCAGUUCCAACCGCGGAGUAUGUACCACGGGAACAGUUCUGAGAUAAAAUUUCGAUGGACUGGUUUUAGACGUAACGAGGGCAUAAACAGCUAUAUUGUAAGCAAUUUUGCAAUGUCUUAG